UGAGUGAAUUAUUUUGUCAAAGAAUAAAUGAACCUCCAUUCCAACUUUGACCAUUUGUUCUUAAAAUUAUUUAAUUCUUACGUGACUGUUCACGUCUUCCGAAUUUAAUAAAUUUAUACACUUCUGAGGCUUAUUACAAAAAGAGCGAACUCGGUAGGUGACAGCGUGUUGUUGUUUCUGUCGGACCUUUGGUACGGACGGACCAACCGGACGUGCUCACGUGCUGCUCUUCAUGAAAAUGUCCGUCAUCGGGUCAAAGAUGCUUUUGGAGGAACAGAACAAGACAAAUGGAGAAAGACUUCAACACUUUGCUCAGAGUGACGAUGUACACCCAAAACCAGGAACAACUGAUAAACGAUAUAAGUGUGAUCAGUGUGGAAAAACUUUCAGCUGGCCCUGGAAUCUGAAGCAACAUCAAGUUAUUCACAAUGAGGGAAAAUCUCACACCUGUGACCAAUGUGGGAAAUCUUUCAGCCGGUUAUCUAACCUGCAAAGCCACAAACUCAUCCACAGUGGAGUAAAACCACAUACAUGUGACCAGUGUGGGAAAUCUUUCACCUGGUUGUCUAACCUACAAAGCCAUCAACUCAUCCACAGUGGAGUGAAACCACACAUCUGUGACCAAUGUGGAAAAACUUUUAGCUGGUUAUCUAGUCUACAAAAACACCAACGCGUCCACAGUGGGGAGAAACCACACACUUGUGACCAGUGUGGAAAAACUUUCAGCCAGCUAUCGCAUCUGAAACAACACCAACUUAUCCAUGAUGAAGAGAAACCACACACAUGUGGUCACUGUGGGAUCACAUUCAGGCAGUUAUGGAGCCUAACAAGACAUCAACUCAUCCACAGUGUAGAGAAACCAUACACCUGUAACCAGUGUGGCAGAGCUUUUCGUCAGUUGCAUAAUCUAAAAAAACACCAACGUAUCCACAUUGGAGUUGGACCGUACACAUGUGACGAAUGUGGUAAAUCUUUCAGGCGAUUAUCUACCCUACAAAAACACCAACGUAUCCACAGUGGAAAGAAAUUGUACGUCUGUGAACAAUGUGGGAAAUCUUUCACUCGCUCAAGUAGCCUAAGGACACACCAACUCACUCACAGUGGAGAGAAACCUUACACCUGUGAGAAAUGUGGGAAGUAUUUCAGUCAGUCACAGAACCUAAGGCGACAUCAACUCACCCACAGUGGGGAGAAACCGUACACCUGUGACCAAUGUGGGAAAUCUUUCAGGCAGUUAUCUACCCUACAAAAACAUGAACGCAUCCACAGUGGAGAGAAACCGUACAUCUGUGAUCAAUGUGGGAAAUCUUUCACUCAGUCACAUUGCCUAAGGACACAUAGACUCACCCACAGUGGAGAGAAACCUUACAGUUGUGACCAAUGUGGGAAAUCUUUCAGGCAGUUAUCAAACCUACAAAAACACCAACGCAUCCAUAGUGGAGAAAAACCGUAUGCCUGUGACCAAUGCGGGAAAUCUUUCAGGCAGUUAUCCACCCUACAACAACACCAUCGCAUCCACAGUGGAGAUAAACCCUACAUUUGUGAACAGUGUGGGAAAUCUUUCAGUCAUUCACAUAGCCGAAAGACACACCAACUCUCCCACAGUGGAGAGAAUCUGUUCAACUGUGACCAAUGUGGGAAAUCUUUCAGGCAGUUAUCGAAUCUGCAAAAACACCAACGCAUCCAUAGUGGAGAGAAACCAUACUUCUGUGACCAAUGUGGAAAUUGUUUUAGACAGUUAUCUACCCUACAGCAACACCAUCGCACCCAUAGUGGAGAGAAACCAUACAUUUGUGAACGAUGUGGGAAAUCUUUUACUCAUUCACAUAGCCGAAAGAUGCACCAACUUGCCCACUGUGGAGAAAAUCUGUUCAUCUGUGAGCAGCGUGGAAAAGCUUUCAGUUGUCCAUCUGAUCUAAAACAGCAUCAACUUAUGCACAAUGAGGAAAAACCAUGCACUUGUGAUCAAUGUGGGAUUGUAUUCAGGUGCUCUGGGAACCUCAAAACUCAUCAACUCAUUCACAGUGGAGAUGAACCAUACACCUGUGACCACUGUGGGCAAUCUUUCAGCCAGUUAUCUACCCUACAACACCACCAGUUCACCCACAGUGGAGACCAGUGUGGGAAAGAUUUCAGCUGUCCAUCGAAUCUAAAACAACAUCAAUUUAUGCACGAUGAAGAAAUGCCACCCACACUUGUGGUCAACAUGGGAUUAAAUUCUCUUUCAAUUUAAUUCAGAUCACUUUAUUUAUAUAGUGCCAAAUCACAACAAUGUAGCCUCAGUGUGCUUCACAUGGAUAAGGUCUAACCUUACCAACCCACAUGAGCAUGCACGUAGGUGACAGUGGUAAGGAGAACUUUCUCUGCCAUUUUUGGAUGAAGAAACCUCAAGGAGACCAAACUCAAAGGGUGACCCACUGCUUAGGCCAUUCUAACAAUAAUCAUGUUUAUCAAAACAAAAUGUAGUGCAGAAAAAUAAAAACAGAGUUCAAGACAGAUCUACUUUGAAAAAAGUCCAGAAAUUUUUCAAAUCAUAUUGAAGCACUGCUCUGCCACAUCAUUCAGCAGGUAAGCUGUAUCCAAAGCUUUGUUUGAUGUCAGAAGGUUCACUGGACAUUGACAGAAACCUUGGUCCCAGGCUUAUCUUCAGCAAUAGCAUGUCAGAAAAUGAACAGAAUCAGUUGGCUGGAACUGACAAAACUAUGAAACCAAGAAGCACAGAGGGUACUAAUGUGGUCGUCAGCACCUAGCCCUUUGAUUCCUUAAGGCCUAGUUCAAAAAUAAUGAAGCUUAACUGCUGAUUUGCAUUGCAUUUGUCAUGAACAAGCCAUUAUUUUAUUUAGCACCAUCCAGAUUUAUCUG